AGCAAGGUGAGGAGCGACCUUCAGCUGGCCGAGCCUGGAACUCUUCAUGUCUUCCUUUCUUUAUAAACCAUCAAACACAACACACAUAUUUAUGUAUAAAGAUAUAUAUAUAUUUAAAUAGAUGUAAUUGGUAUAGUAAUGGACUUCUAUAGAAAGAGGAAGUAUUUAAAAUGAAGUAAAAGACACAAAUCCACGCAGAGGAAUACAAUAGAUAUACACACAUGUUUACUGUGAAAAUAUGUUAGAGACAGAAGCGGAGCAAAAAAUCGAAAAGAGACACAAACUGACAAUGUUCAAUUAUUCAUCGACGUUUCAAUGAUAAAACAAACUGGUGUAGAAACAUGAAAAGGAUCAUCAUAUUUCUGAAUGGAUCAAGUACGGACGGAAAGGUGAUUGGUUUGGGGAAGAGCUUGGAUGAGAUCCUCCUGGAAGCUGGCAGGAAGUUGGGUAUAACAGCCCGAUCACUCUACACUCCACAAGGAGGCCUCAUUGAUGACAUAAAGUUAAUCAGAGAUGAUGAUGUUCUUUACGUGUCUGAUGGUGAACCAUUUAAGCCUUAUCUCAGUACCCGUACAUCACAUCAUGCCAGCGUCUCAGUUGCACCGACUGUGGCUGCUAAAGAGAAACAACGAACAAAGUUGGUGCCUGCUGACCGAAAUGAAUGGCUUACAUUGAACAUUGGUGGCAAGUUGUUCUCGACAACACGGAGUACCUUGACGCGCCAAGAGCCUGCCAGUAUGCUGGCUCGAAUGUUCUCUGACCAAUCAGAAGUUCCAUGGAACAGCUCUGUUGAUGCGAACGGGGCUUACCUCAUCGAUCGUAGUCCCACCUAUUUUGAACCAAUUCUCAACUACUUACGGCAUGGACAACUCAUCUUGGAUAAAAAUGUCAAUCCAGAAGGUGUAUUAGAAGAGGCUCGAUUUUUUGGUCUGGAUUAUCUGGUUGGAUUAUUGGAAGAAAUUAUCGAGCGUGAAGCCCCUGCUGAUGAUUCGACCCCAAUCAAUCGACGUGAGUUUGUAUUAAGGUUAAUGUCUACAUCAGCAAGGUCUGAACUACGAUGCCAGGGCCUCAACUUCCAGUCGGCAAACCUGUCGAAACUCGAUCUACGGUCGGUAAAUUUCAAGUAUGCAAUCCUUAGAAAGGCUAACCUAUCUGGAGCCAACCUAUCAUUUUGUAACUUUGAAAGGUCUGACCUUUCUGGAGCCAUCUUAGAUUGUGCCAACUUACAAGGAAUCAAAAUGGUUUGUGCCAAUCUGGAAGGUUCCAGCUUGUGUAGUUGCAACUUUGAAGACCCUGCUGGUCACCAAGCUAAUAUGGAAGGUGCCCAGAUGAAGAAUGUCAUCUUGGAAGGCAGCCAUAUGGCCAGCGUCAAUUUACGGGUGGCAACAUUGAAGAAUGCAAAUUUAAAGAACUGUGACCUACGGGGUGCUGUGCUGGCUGGUGCUGAUCUUGAGAACUGUGACCUUUCAGGCUCCGAUUUGCAGGAUGCAAACCUGCGCGGAGCCAACCUGACUGGUGCCACAUUCAAGUUAAUGCUGAAUGCACUUCAUAUGUCGCAGACGUUGCGCUGACACGUGCAUGCCCCUUCUCUGGUGCCAGCUGGAGAAGGGGCGAGGGCUGCAGUGGUGCCGUCCGAACAUGAAAAUUAACGAGCAAUGAUUCUGUGUACAGAACAAACGAACAAGGACAGGAAACAAAGAAUGGUGGAAAAAAAAGCCAGAAUGUUCCGUCGAAAUAGAACCAAAACACAAAAACCAAAUGAAGGAUUUAAAUUAUAUUUAGACUGAAGAAGCAUAUCAACACAACUGUAACAUUCCCUCAACUCUUAUGUUUGAUCCAAAACGUGUCCAAUAAGCGGCACCAAUCUUGCUCUUGGGCAACAAUUGCUGUUUCUUCAUUGUCUCUCCCUCAGCUUCCAUUAGGACAUGCCUUUCCUUUACCCACCGACCACUACCACUCAGGAGCCAGGAUGUAUCGACCCUUAUUUUCUCAUUAUUAUUGAUUCCACAUUUAUCUUGGAGAUGGAACGAGGGUGGGGAUAUAACAUUAAAAUAGCUGAUCUAUUUA